AUGAAGCCGCGCUUGGCGCAGCAGCCUCUACCGCCGCCAGCUCCACCGCUAAAACCACAGCCAGCAGCACCAUCGCCGCAGUCACCGCCGGGCAGCAACACAGGAGUUGCAGCCGGCGUGCUGGCAGCGGCAUUAUCAACAGCAGCAGGCGGCGGCGGCGGCGGCGGCGCCCGCCAGUUGACAUUGACAUACAUACGUCAAGAGAUGUCCAAGGGACUGGAGGAGGGUGGAGGAACGCUCCAGGGAUGCGUUUUGCUCCUAGAGGUGGUUCCGGAGCUGUCCAGCUUUAGGCUCGGAGGCGGCGUGUCAGACCCCCUGCACAUCAGGGUUUUAACGGCUAACGGUACGACCAGCAUACCAGCCAUCGGCACUAUCCCGGUGUUGCUCGUCAAUGGUACGGCAGGCGGCGAUGACGGCUACUACGGUGAAUCGUACGAGAACGUGAACGCCACGGUCGCUGGCGGCGCCGGCGGCGGCGGCGGCGGCGGCAUGAACGUCGACAGCACUGGUUCUUCACGGCGGGUUCAGAGUAGCAUCCGCGAUGCGACCUCCAACGUCAAUGCAAAUGUGAAUGUGAACGCGAAUGUGAAUGUGAAUGCAAAUGCCACGGACGGCGGUUCCGAACUGGGCGUUGGUGGUGAUGCUGAUGAGGAUGGCGAUGAAAACGGCGGAUUUGAUUGGAACGCGGAAAAGCUUCCAAUGAUGUAUACCGUCAGCACGGAGCCUGGGAAUGUGGGAGUGGUGGGGGUGGCGACUGGCGCCACAUCUCCAGUGGUUGGUACGGCAAAUCUAACCGAUUUCCGGAUGUUCUUGUACUCGCCAUUCCCCUGGCCGUCGUCAGUGGCGUCCAGUCCGACUCUCGUGACGGUCCCCACCAACUUGACCAUGCUGAGAGGACGAGUUUCCGUACAGUCCCCGUUGGUGGCGCUUGAAUCAGCUGAUCUACGUGGCGUGACGUACCCGGGAUAUCCCCUCUUGCACUUGUCGCAGGACCAGGUCACCCAGAUUGUCACUUUGCACGUCUCCAACCUGACUUUCCUAUACUCUGUCAGGCCGGACGCGGGCCCCAUUGAUUUCGCGGCGGCGGAGCUGUUUCUCAACGUCAACAUCACGGCGCGGGCACACGUUCCCCGGGACAUGCACGUGCUGCCGCUGGCUUCGUUGUCGUACCCCCACAUUGAGCCCGUACUAGCGCUCGUGACACGCCCGCACGGGGGGUUGGGGGCGACAACCUCCAAUCCAGGGGCUCUGUACAGCGCCAGCAACAACAAUCUCACCGCCGGGUCAGCGCUGUCAACGGGGCGCAUAGGUGCUGUACAGUCGGAGACGCCGCUGCCGCCGCCGGCUCCGCCACGGAACGCCGCAGGCGGCGGCGGCAAUACAGAAAGUUGGGGGAAGCAGCAGCAGCAGCAGCCCGCGGCAUACCAACGUCGUACUCCUUCAUCUCCAUCCAUCCACAUUCCCCCAGCCUGGUCCCUCAUCCCGUGCUUCUUGGCGCUUCCGGCCCCCUCAUCCCUUCAGGCGCUGCCACCUGCACCGACAGCCUCGGACUGCCCGGCCACCGCCACCGCCGCUGCCUCUGCCGCUGACACACGCAAAGCAGCAAACCUGGAGACCCCGACAACGACGCCAGCAGCGGCAAUCCCGGCGUUACAAGACCGGCCUUCACCCUCUGCAGCUGCCGCGACAUCACAAUCUCAACCGCCGGCGGAAGGCCUCACACAGUCCACCGACAACCAGGCAGCGUCGGCGUCGCAAGCAACGGGAAUAGCAACAGCAACGGCAAUGACGACUUAUUGUUGCAUCGUCCCCAAUCGCGGGAGCGCUGAGCUUGUUGGGGGCCCUGCAUGCCGCAGUAGCAACGGUGCGCAGCUGCGGCAUGUGGAGGACUGUGGCGGCAACAGUGAUGUCCUCGCAGAUGCCACAAAUCCCAUUAAAGCUCCUAAUCCCAUUUCCCGAGGUUGCGGUCAGAAGGGUGCACAGCGGUCGGAAGAAGAUGGAGGCAUCCCGCGGAGCAGCGCCGUCACGCCCACAUGGCCGCCAGCGACGCCGCGUUGCUGCUCGCUGGCGGCUUCCGCCGCCGCGGCGGUGGCGGCCUCACCCGCUUGCGAGUACGACAGCGAUCCGCCAUUCUGCCCAGCAAGCCCCGUCCUCGAGUGGCAUUGCCCCGGUGGCAACGGUACCGCCAGCGCAGCCGCUGAUGAGGCUGCGCAGCGCGAGGAGGUCCCCGUGGGUCCCCCUCGCACGGGCAGAGCCUGCCUUCCAGGCGACACGGCUGCGGGCGUGUUGGUGGUGUGUUGUAGCAUUGACUUGGAGUGGUGGGAGCGGGAUAAUUCCAGGGUGACUGAGAUAGGCUGGACCUUGUGGAACAACUUGACGAGGGAGCUGGAGUCCCGGCAUCACAUCGUGGCGGAGAAUGAGUCCCUCGUCAACCGCAUCCACGUACCUGACCACAAACACGACUUCCUUUUCGGGAGCAGCACGCUUGGUUCCUUGACGGAGGGCGCCGCGGCGCUGCAGGCCGAUCUGGACAGUUACGGAGAGCGGCUGUGGGCCCGCUGGCUGGCGGAGCAGCAGCGCCGGGAGCAGCAGCUGCAAGCGCCGGAGGGGAGGGGGGCUUUGGACGCGUGGGCGUUAUCGGAGCGAGCUGCUGGCAGGGGUGUCGACGCCUCGGAGGAUUCGGCGGCCCGCUCGUCCUCUUCCUUCCCGGCGGCAUCGGAUGUCGCACCCGCCGGUGGUGUUGGUGGUGCUGCCGCUGCUACUGGCAUGCCGCCGGUGCUGCCGGUGCCGCCGCCGCGUCGCCCGCGGCUUCAGCUUGUGGUUGUGGGGCACGGGCUGUCUCAGGACCUCAGGGCGCUGUCCGGCAUGCUAGGAGUCCAGCUACCCCCCGCAACCGCGAUCGUGGACACCGCAGAACUAGCCUGGGCGGCUCUGGAGGCCGGACCAGGACGGGAGCGAAAUGCGAUGAGUUUGAGGGUGCUACUCAAGGUGUUGGGCAUUCCAGCGACCAAACUUCACAACGGCGGCAACGACGCCAGGUACACCAUGGAAGCCAUGUUGGCGCUGGCGGCGAUGGAGCCCAGCGGCAGCUGA